AUGAACAAAGCCUUACUUGCUGCGGUUUCAUGCUGGCUUUCGCUCACAUUGGCCGGCCCACUUGAGGGUAUCAAAAGCAGAGAUGUUACGCCUGCACCUGCCCGGGCUGAGUUCCGUGACGUUGUCUCGGCCCAUGCCAUCCCGAUGCGAAAACAUGACGUCGCGGCGUCCAUGAGCCACCCGGCAAUGCACCGGCGUGCCAGAUUGCCAGUGCCGCUCAAGAAUAUUUACGAUGUUUACUACAGCAUUGACCUCAAAGUGGGCAACCAGACGAUUGCCGUCAGCGUCGACACAGGGUCUAGCGACACGUGGAUGGUGCAGCAGCCAUACGAAUGUGUAUCCUUCUGGUUUGACCCGGCCGGUGAGCCAGAUUGCGGUUUAGGAGUAGGCUUCCAGGGGAAUCUCUCCGGUGGUCGCAUUCCCAACCUACCACCCUUCGUCCGGUCCUACGUCGAUGGUACCUUCGUGAGUGGGUUCUAUGGUCUCGAGGAAGUCUCGAUUGGCGAUGUCACGGCACAUAACCAGAGACUCGCGUUGGUCAAUUACACCUACUGGCACGGCGACGGCCAAACAUCCGGCCUACUGGGUCUCGCCUACCCUUACCUGACCAGCCUGGACGGCGCGGACCAGAACCAGCCGCCUUAUUCGCCGGUAUUCACGACCAUGUGGGAAAGCCGAAGCAUCGACCCGUUGUUUAGCAUUGCGCUUUCACGAACCAAGGAGAGCAGCAGCGGGACAAAGCCAGAGUCGUAUCUUGCGCUUGGAGGACUGCCCCCGGUCGACGUCGAUGAGACGACCUGGGCGAGGACGCCAAUCCACGGCAUGCGAGCGGUCCCACAAUGGGGUUUUGACACUGAUGAGAAGGGGAUGUACAUCAUCAAGCCGGACGCCUUUGUCCUCGAAAAAGGGGGCGAUGGCGAAGAUUCUGGGGACGUGCUGGUUAAGAACACGACGCAAAUCCCCAUCCUCAUUGACGUGGGAGCAACCCUCAGCUAUUUACCAAAAGGUUUGGUCAAUGAACUCUAUGCGGCCUUCGACCCGCCGGCCAAGUACAUGAGCUCAGGGGGUCUAUUUUAUGCCCUUUGCAACGCAACCGUGCCGAAUUUCGGUGUUCAAAUUGAGGAGUCAAUUUUCUACAUGGCGAAGGAGGAUUUACUCCGGCAGACGGCUCGCGACCCGACGGGCGAGUGGUGCCGGAUCGGCCCGUGUUUGACGUUGGAGAGUCGGAGAUGA